AUGCAGCCAAGGAGCCUUACAUUUGUUUUUGCCGCGCUUGUUUCUUUUGUCUCUCUUGGUGUUACUGCAAUGCCGUAUGGUGUUAUCGCUCAUCGUGAGGAUGCGUCAACCGAUGACAUCUUCAUAAAAUAUGCUGAUAAGCGUGAGGAUGCGUCAACCGACGACAUCUUCAUAAAAUAUGCUGGUAAGCGUGAGGAUGCGUCGACCGAUGACAUUUUCAUAGGAUACGCUGAUAAGCGUGAGGAUGCAUCGACCGAUGACAUUUUCAUAAAAUACGCUGGUAAGCGCGAUGACACGGUGUCAACGGACAACCUUUAUGGUCCCAAGUAUACAAUUAUUGACGUUACCGAUGCGGUUGGUUAUUUUCCCCCCUGA